AUGUAUAUCCGAUGUUACAAGGAGCUUGGCCUUCAACAAGAUGAUUUGGAGCAGUCCAACAGCCCAAUGACCGGGUUCAAUAGAACGCCGACAUGGCCCCUGGGAGCAAUAAAUUUGGAGGUUCAAGCAGGCACCAGGAAGGUAAGCAUAGAGUUUACAGUAAUUGACACCCCCUCCUCCUACAAUGUUAUUUUGGAAAGACCAUGGUUACCUAUAAUGAGAGUUAUUCCCUUAACGUUGCACCAACUGUUGUGGUUCCCAACAGAGUAUGGAAUUGAAAAAGUUAGAAAGGAUCAGGUGCAAGCAAAAAAUUGCUCCAUGGCAGCAAUGAAAUCUACCUGCAAUAUGAAAGAGAUAGAAACAGCAGAAAUUGAAGAUGAGGGCAUAGAAGUUAUAAAUGAUGACGGCAAAACCAGCCAAGAAGAGUGA